AUGGAGGAAGCCCAAUAUUUGAUGUGGGCAAGAAAGAAGCAGCCCAUUGAUCAUCAGCUUGAUCUCUUCAACUCGCCACCGAUCGCUCUCAGAUUAACGUCGAUGUCCUCGUCAAUGAUCGACAGUCGAUCAUGGGAAGAGAAAGCCUUUGCUGAAGACUCUGCAGGUAUUCUUGGAGGAGGCUGUAUAUGGCCUCCAAGGUCCUACCCUUGUAGCUUCUGUGGAAGAGACUUUCGAUCAGCUCAAGCUCUGGGCGGCCACAUGAAUGUUCACCGGAGAGAUCGAGCAAGGUUGAAGCAAUCUUCAAUCGUCGAAGAGGAGGACGAAGCAGAAGAUCUCGUAAACCCUAGCCUUAUCCCUAAUUUUGGAGAAGAAAUGAGGUUGGAUGAGGUGGAUUUGAUAAGGUUAAUGAAGAGGGAUUUGGAUGGGGAAGAAGAUGAAAUUAAAGGGAGUUGUAAGAAGAAGAAGAAGAAGAAUUCUUCGAUGAGCCCAGCUGAUAUAGUUGAAGAGUUGGAUCUUGAGCUUCGGCUUGGAGAUCUGCCUAAGGUUAAGUAG